UCUCGGCAGAGAUUUAAAUCGCCAGAGAUAAGAUGGACGAAGAUGGCAUGCGAGGUGUUGUUAAAUUCCAGUGAAAUGUUUGGUCACUCCAGCCGCCUACGAUGGGAGGCUGCAUAGGCAUCACGAGGACGAGAAACGCCUCCGUAGACGAUACCUCCGCGAACUCCACGAGAACGAACUCCGGUAACUCAAGGAAAAAUCAUCCACUGUGCCAUGAAGUAAUUAGAUGGAAGUCGGACGUACCUUUAACCGAAGGUCAAUUACGGAGCAAGAGAGACGAAUUCUGGGACACGGCACCUGCAUUCGAUGGGAGGAAGGAAAUAUGGGAUGCCCUAAGAGCUGGAGCUACAGCUGCGGAAGCUCAAGAUUAUCAACUGGCCCAAGCCAUUUUAGAUGGAGCAAACAUUUCAGUGCCUAAUGGGUUUUUAACGGAAUGCUAUGAUGAGUUGGGAACAAGAUAUCAAGUCCCCAUAUACUGUCUAUCGUACCCUAUCAAUAUCGUCAAGGAGGACAGCGGUAGAGACUCACCGGCUGACUGUUCAGGUAGCAAGCCUGUUGACGGUGGAACUGAAAUGACACUAAAACUUCGACUAUCGACCACAGUGGGAGACGUUAAGUUACCCGUAUACAGUAAGGACACUAUUGGGAUUGCUAAGAAAAAAUUACAGAGCCAAGAAGGAUUGGAGCCAUCCCGGCAGAGAUGGUUCUUUGGUGGCAAACUGUUGGGGGACAAAAUGCAUAUAGAGGAGGCAAAGGUUCAACAAGGUUACGUUAUUCAAGUCAUUGUAAAUCCUGAGAAAACCGAGGACAGUCCAGUGAGGACUAGUUGAACGGGACGACACGUGAAACAAGUCAUACAGGUUUUCGUUUCGAGCUGAUAAUUCACACAACUGGCACAUUCCUAUUGAUUCGCGAGAUCCGUCUGACUUAACUGAUUUUGCGAAAUAGAACUGUGCUCGUGAUAUCAAACCGAAACCUGAAUUAUGGAAUGGUUCUGCCUAUUACCGACUGUUGACGUGGUAUCAAUCGUCCGUGCAAUUUAACGAAUAACAAAUCCUAUUUAUAAUGUCAGAAACAUGUGUCGGUAAGUUAGCUAUGACAUGCGUUAACUAUGCUUCGAUUUUCUGCCUAACGUGGGAAGUCUAAACUACUUGUGGUGAAAUUCAAUCGCGUUAUCUAUCACGACAUAUACAAAAGUAGCUUAUUUAUAAAUUCGACAUGGAUUCUAUUUGGCGCUAUUACACUCACAAUGUAUAAUAGGGCUGACUGAGGUUUUUACAGAAGACCGGACGUUUUGCAUAUACAUUUUCUACUUUUGAAGUUGAACGGUGUGUCACGCGAUACCGUGUUAACAUAUUGGCGUCAUAUCAGCCAGCAGGCGAUUACGUUCCGAUUCUACGCUGCCUAAAGUGGAUCGAAGUCAAGGUAUUUUUACAGUUCUGAAGGGCCUGAGACAAGCCUACCAAGUCGUUGAAUCCUUCCUCCCAGGUAUUGCGAUUAGUCGUGCAAGAUUACUCAACGCAAAUGACACAACCGAGAAAUUAAGAAGGGUCCGAAAGUUUGGUCACAAGGAAAUUGGUUCGAAAAGUCAACGGAGGUUUGCCACGAGGUUUGAAAAUCACCAUUAAUAGGCCUAACGACGUUAAUCGCACUACUCUGCAUUAAUGGCUGAGAAUGACUUCAGCUACGCCCGUCGCGUACUCGUAAUAAUAAUAGUAAUAUAACAUUAAAUAACGCAGCGCCCUGUGCGGACGAAUUUUUUGGGACUAAGCUAUUAUAACAAUAACGACCGAAGUAGUUUGAUAACCGUUUUCUUUUCUUACGUUUUAAUCGUCGAACCUGUACGUCGGGCGUACAUGUAUGUAAAUAUGUGUAUGACAUACGCACGCGUGCACACUUCGCGCCUGUCACAGAUUCCACUUGUCAAACUGAGCUUCAAGGCAACUUCGAUACGCACAUCCUGCUUAUUUAUCGGUUUUCUAUAAGCGUGACUUCUCGUUUGUAUAUUGUAUAACGGUGCGUUUUUUCUAACAGAAGAAUCUUAUCCGUCGAGUGCGUUUGGAACUCAGUUUGUGUGGAACGCGAAUCGUUAUAAUAUAUUGUGCGUGUAUAUAUAUUCGAUAUUUUAUGCAUUUCCUUGAUGUACUACCUUGGCGAUGGGAGUUCACGUACGGUUUAUAAACGGCGGUUUCGGAGAUGUUAUUCACGCGUAUUCCGUGGAAACGAGGCGAACGAGAUUUGCAUACACGACGUCGAUGCAAUUGACCUCCACGGCUAAGAUAAACGGGCAUGAGCGAUUUUUAUUUAUUGAUUAAUUUUUACGCGGGAACCUUCAACCCGACCUAGGACACCAGUCAAUUUGGCUAUAAGAAUUUCACCAUUUCAUUUGAACAUGUACCGAUCAAGGGGUUGGAGAUUCCUGCGACUUGAAGGGACGAGAUGACAUAGGUACCCAUUUUGCUUGAAUGUAUAACAAAGAAAAGGGAUUGGUGUAGAUUAUAUUGAGAAAAAAACAAUGUACAAAGGUAUUUGCAUGGAAAACGUAAUAUAUCUCAGCCCCGAUUGCAGUGUUUAAUGGCUGCUUCUCAGUUAUAUUCAAUAUGUUGCUCAGAAAAUAUAAUAUCGGUUUCAGUUACAUAGAGUCCGAAGGAAAAGAAUUGCCCUUCGUUAUACAUUCUUAAUAUGAUUCUGAUGUAACGAAACAGAAAUACUCAUGGAAAAGUGUCAUACAAGAAACGUGCGUUGAGCCACCAAACCGAAGGAAACUAUGUCAAGUAUGUAAAUAAAGAAACUUACAAUAAAAAGAAGAAAAGUGCAA